AUCUAUGCUGAUAAGUGCUGCAAAUCUUGAGUAACUUCGGAGAAAACAAACAUAGCUGCAUGUUUGUGGAAUCAAGAAGUUGGCCACAUUCUGAAGUCAAGUGUAGAUUUUCUUCCUCGCUCACUGUGUCUACUUUCUGUACGACUGAGGAGACCAGAAAUCAUCCUGAAUUAAUGAGUUUUUGUCGUUGACUCGUGCCUCUAAUGAGAACACUUUAACUUCCUUCCCUAACUGCCACAACGACCAGACGACAUCCUUACGCCUGGAACAGAAGGAUGAGGAAGCAAAGUUACCUGGAUCUUCUUUCUUUCUGGGAAAAUCCUUAUGCCUUGAUGAGGCUGGUUGUGUUCGCAGGAUGGUUUUGGCAACAGACAGGAGCACCACACAUCUUGGCGAAUGCUGUGCCAAAGAUUCUGGUGACACCUUGGUAUCCCCAGCCUUAUCCCACAGGUACACUAAUUAUGGCGAUUAUCGAGUCUUUGGAUGGACACGAGCACCUGCAGGUGCAGGUGAAUAACAGUGACCUGCCACCGCGCUAUCCCAACGGAAGCUGCUCCGAGGAACGCUUGAUGCUGUACGAAAUUAUGCCAAACAACCGCAAAAUUAUUGAACUUUGCGGGAAUGAGACGACAACUAUUAAAACGAACAACAAGAUUAUGUUGAGGUUUUAUUCAACUGAGAUCAACACCAAAUACUCAGGCUUCAUCAUCUACGUUUUCGCUGAAAAGAAAUUUAUGGAGAAAAUGACGAUGGGCAUAUACUUCCUGUUUAUGGCUGUUGCCUUCAUCGCUCUGAUCAUCUUAUUCGCGCACCAGAUGCGGACGAGCAAGCUCAAAAAAAGCGACAUCUGGAAUGUUCUGCACAUCCUGCCCAUGGCCGCCAGAGGACGACCCUUAGUGAAGAGCGGCAGUGACUAUGCCUUCCAAGAUGAUCUCAAAGUCCGACCUCUCGAACCCGGCACCGGGUCCUUCAGGAGGGCCAUGAGAAAGACGUUCCUUGACCACGAUGCCGACUGGCGAAUCAUCCAACCAGUCAGAAACGCAGAGGACGAGCUUUGCCAUCUUGAAGACUCCACUGGGCAAGAGGAUGGCCACAAGCCUCAGCAGGAAAUACGUUAUCGACACCCGCAGCCCGUCACAGACGACGACGACGACGACGACGAGUUACCCGAUAUUCUGCUGGCGGAUGACAAACGAACGAAAGGAGCCAUGCUGCAUAUUAUUGGAGCAAAAGUGAAACAGGAGGAGAUAGAAGAGAUCAUUAACAAGUUAGCCCCCUCCAAGCAGCUGUAUUACCGAUUUCUGCUCGAGGAAAGACAACAUGAGCAACACCUUCCUCCUGACUUUUCUGUUAAACCCAUUUACGUCGCUGAUGGCAUCAUUUCCGGUUCAGCUCAAGCUGAGAUUAUCAAAGCUCUGAAGCAGAAAAAGAAAAAGGACAAAGAAGAAGACGAAGACGAAGCACCCUGGCUUCGAAGCCGAGAUCUUGCCCAGAAAAUCAUGUCUAGUCAUCGCUGCAGUUACGAGAAAAAACAAGCCCUGAAUUGUCCUUGCAUACAGGGAACAACCAAGCAAAGGUAUUCAAGUAACACGUCACUUCCUGCAGAAAGUUCAACACAAGAAUUAGCGCAUGCGUUCUCAGUAGACAUCCGGUGUAUCUCCGACGAAAGGUCGUUGCGACCUUACUGGGCAGACCCAGCCAGAAAUUUACUGGAGGAGCCACCACCUCCUUCUACCCCCUUGUUGCCACCAGUAAAACAAUCGAGCGAGAAGGCAAAACCACACGCCUCGCCAGUUCAGAAAAAAGGGAGGAAGAAAACUACUGUUGCACAAAAACCAGUAAGCCCGGCAAAGAAAACAUACAUCGUACCCUCUAAGAUGAAACCAGUCGUAUCACCCGCUAAAAGCAAACCAGUACAAACUCUACCUGCAGUCAAAACAAAUCGUGUAUUGCCAAAACCCUCAGCUGCAGUAAGAACAGAUCUUGCAUUGAAAAGACCCUCACCUCCAGUCAAUGUGGUGGGAGACAAGGCGAAAGCUUCACGUGCAGUCAAACCGGCGACACCUGCAGCAAAAUCCCAGCUCGCGACGAAGUCCCCAUCCACAGACAAGACGAAAGCUGCAGCCAAAGGUUUAUUAUCUACACAGGAGCCCCCUAACACCGAUACCUCCCAGAACUGCGCAGAAUUGCUAACCAGUCCUCAAAGCUCGCCGACGAGCGGCAGUCACUGGCCUCAUCUUGCCCAGGACCCUGUGGGUGUGUCACUGGCCGUGUCACCCAGCCAAGCUUACGGGGCCAUCGCAGCUUUGGGCGAUGUCCUGAAGGAGCCAGCGGCGAUCGAGGUUGGCGAAUCCGUGUCUCCCUUAGCAACAUGCUCUCAAGAAGAUAGCCCACACCUUCAUGAAACGAGAGCUUCUUCUCAUUCGAGAAGUCACUCGCCUUCCUCUGACAGGCAAGCAGCUCUCGGCCGUAUGCAAAUUACUCUCGAGGAAUCUUCGUCACUGACGUAUGUGUCAUCCGGGUCGUCUCGCUUUUCACCGUUGGGGGGAACCAGAGAGCUUGAUCAAUCUCUCUCCAGCGCUGGAGGAGUUGGACAUUCUGCAGAAUCCUCAGCGACGUAGUGAGGUCGGCACAGGUCUUUAUAUCUGCUCACAGUGAAGACGGGGGAGACAAGUCCUCUGUCAUCCGAGAAGGUACACUCUGACCAGUCCAGCGACGUCCACAACAACCACGCAAAGGACUGCGAGAAACGUUAGUUCCCGUUUAAAGAAAAGGUUCUUGGUUCACAUCGCAUCCUACACUAACAGUUUUAACUCAACACAAAAAAGCUGACUGAUUCAAGGUACAACUACAACUACACGAUAUAAACUGUAUCUUUCAUUAAUUUAGUUCUGCUAUAACAUUACAGAAAAAAACUUAAAAGUUUGGACAUUUCAUAAUUGUUAUGCACAAAGUCAUAUGCUGACAAAAUCUUCUGGAACAAGAAGGAAAGAAAGUGCCUUUCUUGUUCUUCAGGCCAGUCGCCACAUCUCAAAAAGUCCCAAAAGGUCUAAGACGAUUAUCUGUUCUUGUCGAGCCUACCUGGAAGUGGUCGAAAAAACAGUUGCUGCCUUCGAAGACGAGACCUCUCCAGUCUGGAUGACCACAAGGUGGGACGCGCUAUGCCAGACUCGGUGACUGGGACACCAAAAUGGGACGAGCGAUGUGCAUGUCUCACACCAUGUAAAUUAUAAUAAUAUCUGUGGAAUGAAGCAUAAACCUUCUCAUGUAAAGUAUUAUUUAUGUUGCAAAAUAUGUCUGGAUAGAGCAAGCUACAUAUUUUUGAUGUAAAAAUACUCUCUGGUAUAAAACAUACUUGCUUGGCUGUUACUGAACUUAAUUAUUUCUGUUGUACGAACGAUGGGUUGUUGAAUUUUAAAAAAGUUUCAUGCUUGAGGUGAGAAAAUAAUAAGUGUUAUUUGAAUAUUUAUUAAUGACAUAAAAACUAUUGAUACAUGAAAUAUAGUCAUCUGCGAAUGAAUUAUUUAAUAAACCUAUCUA